AUGAUGGACAAGGAAAAAGGUGAGCAGCUGGCCGUGCAGGACGCGCCAGCGCCGACCCCAGCCACGACGGCGGCGGAGGACGAGUUCCCCGAGGGCGGAUGGAAUGCUUGGCUACAAGUGGCAUCCUCUUUCGCGCUCUACUUUAAUCACCUAGGUCUCCUCAAUAGCUACGGCGUCUUCCAAGCCUACUACGAAACCACCCUCCUCCCCACCGCCUCCCCUCCACCAUCUCCUGGAUCGGCUCCGUCCAAGUCUUCUGCCUCAUGGCCAUCGGCCGUCGCCACAGAGUACUGGCACCUCCUGCUCGCCCAGGGCUUCUGCAUCGGUCUCGGCACCUGCUGCCUCUCCAUCCCCUCCAUCGCCGUCGUCCCCAUGUACUUUAAGCGCCGCCGCGCCCGCGCCAUGUCCAUCGCCACCGUCGGCAGCGGCCUCGGCUCCACCCUGUACCCCCUCAUGUUCGAGAGCCUCGUCCCCAAGGUCGGCUUCGGCUGGGCCGUCCGCGCCAUGGGCUUCGUCUGCCUCGCCAUGUGCCUCUUCGCCCUCGCCUUUCUCAAGCCCCGCAUCGACCCCAAGAAAUCCGCCAAGCUGCGCGACAUGGGCUUCUCCCUCCGCCUCUUCAUUGACACCUCGGCUUUCCGCGACCGCGCCUUCCUCCUCUUCAGCAGCUACGCCCGCACGCACGGCAUGGCCGGCGCCAAACUCGCCCACUACCUCCUCGCCAUCAUGAACGCCUCUUCCCUCCCCGGGCGUGUAGUCCCGUCCUUCGCCGCCGACCGGUUUGGCGUUGUGCAGACCUUUGUCGUCGUUUGCGCCCUGAGCAGCGCCAGCGUUUUCUACUGGAUCAGCGUCACCAACACAGCUGGCAACGUUGCUUUUGCCGUCCUCUACGGCUUUACGUCGGGUGGGGUCGUGGCCUUGGGCGCUGUCGUCCUCACCACCGUGACGACCGACAUGAGCCGGUUGGGCACCCGGCUCGGCAUGGUCUCCGUCCUAAAGGGAAUAGGUUCGCUCAUUGGGCCGCCAAUAUCGGGUGCGAUUCUGGACGCGUCGGGCAGCUACCUAGGCGUUCAGCUCUUUUCGGGCUUCGGUAUCAUGUUGACGGCGAUCUUUAGCAUCGGGUUACAUUUUGCGGUGGUGAAGCGAUUAGGAAAGGAAAUGAGUGAAUGA